ACAGCAUGGGAAGGCGCUCCUGUUGCCGGCGGCCCUUGCCGGUGGUGGCAAGUCUGGGUGCUGCACUUCUGUUCCUGUGCGCCGCGCCGCGCGCCCUGCGUCCCGCAUUUGAAAACAAAGUUCUGGGCUCCGGCUGGUUCGGAGGAGAGAGGAAGAGUCCCCUACAGCUGUUGCGGGAACUGGACCAGGGCCCGCGCUCUGCGAUGGCCGAAGUGCACCAGCAGCGGCGCGAGCUGCUCCGCCGGGCCUGCAGCCGCCACACUCGACGCCAACGCCUGCUGCAGCCCGAGGACCUGCGGCACGUGCUGGUGGACGACAAGCACCGGCUUCUGUACUGCUACGUGCCCAAGGUGGCCUGCACCAACUGGAAGCGCGUGCUGCUGGCGCUGCGCGGCCGUGGGGACCCGGGAGCAAUCCCUGCGCACGAGGCGCAUGAGCCUGGUCUGCUGCCCUCGUUAGCCGACUUUGCGCCAGCUGAAGUCAACCGGCGGCUGCGCGACUACCUGACCUUCCUCUUUGUGCGCGAGCCCUUCGAGCGCCUGGCCUCAGCCUACCGCAACAAGCUGGCGCGGCCACACAGCGCGGCCUUCCAGAGGCGCUAUGGCACGCGCAUCGUGCGUCGCCUACGACCGCACGCGCAGCCGGAUGCGCUGGCUCGCGGCCACGACGUGCGCUUUGCCGAGUUCCUGGCCUACCUGCUCGACCCGCGCACGCGCCGCUACGAGCCCUUCAACGAGCACUGGGAGCGCGCGCAUGCGCUGUGCCAUCCAUGCCUAGUGCGCUAUGAUGUAGUGGGCAAGUUUGAAACACUGGCGGAUGAUGCUGCCUUUGUGCUGCACCUGGUGGGCGAGCCUGGCCUGCGCUUCCCUGCUCCACCGCUGAGGCCAGAGAAGGACCUCACGCGUGUCCAGGCCCGGCGCCUUUUCCAGGACAUCAGCCCCUUCUACCAGCGUCGCCUCUUUGACCUCUAUAAGAUGGACUUUCUGCUCUUCAACUACUCCGCUCCCUCCUACCUGCGGUUGCAAUAAGGGUGUUGGGUGCAAUAGGGCCUGUGGCUGCUGUGACCAGGAGGCCAUCAGGAGGUCUGGAAUGAACCUGGUAGUGUGGAUUGGAGACCCAUUGUCAUACCUUAUCCAGUGGGCCUGGCCACUGCUUCACCAUACACCUGUCUGGCUGUUUGUACCUUUAGUUUGAUGCCUGAUCUCCUCUUGCAGAUGUCAGGCUUUUUCCUAAGACCCCAGGUUUGUGGUUUUUUUUUUUUUUUUUUUUUGUUUUUGUUUUUGUUUUUGUUUGUUUGUUUGGGAGAGGUCAUUUCUCGGUCUUGUCUGUGGAGAACCUGUCCAUGGCAUGGUGCUACAAGACAGAAUGCCAUGGUUUGGUUCAGUGUGGCCUAAGGUCCAGUCCUGUGUUCUCUUCUCUCCGACUGGCAAGGGCAGACAUGGCCAGCGAGAAGCUGUUCCCUGAUCAGCUUCAGGGCGAGAGUUUGGCCAUCCAUGUCAGCAGUUACUUCUUGGGAGUUAACAUGAGCUCCCCGCCACCCUGGCAGUCACAGGAUGGUGAGCAGUACCACUCCACUUCUAGCUAGCUGAUCUACCUUUAAUCUCAGUCUUGCAAGAGGCUGGAUUUUCACCGUGUCAGCAGAGGCCAGGAUGUAAUAUGGUGACAGCUUGUUCAGCUCUCUUUUUUUAAAAAAUAAAUAUGUUUUGUUACAUUUUCA